UCGUGGCGUGUGCGUGUCCUCAGCUUCGAAGGCUCGUCCGAUACCACGUACGUUUGGCGUAUUGUGUAUUGCGUGCAUGUUUUAUGGGCGACCAAAUAAAUCGCUGUCCUGCUAGAUGGAGGCAGAUCGGAGCGUGUGUGAUAGUAGUGAGUAACGCGUGUUUUGCUCGACGGCUCAAGCCAUCCGGAGUGGAGUGUAGUUUAAAGCUCAAUCUAAUCAAUCACACCGACGGUUUCGAUCAAAUUUGUGUUGCAUUGUUUUUGUUGGUGAUUGUGUGUGUGUCCCGCGUAACGUAACAGUGUGGUGUGAAAAUAAAACCAUCAACCAACGUGUAGGCAGUCGACAAAUGGGUCGAAAUCGAAAAUAAAGCGUACCGAGUGUGCGUUGGCAGUGAAAUGUGCAAAAUAUUGAUUUCUGGCGCUUGCAGUGGGUGUUUUCUGUUGCGAGUGAAGAAGGCAGAAGAAAACACAACCAAGCAAUGAAAAAUAAAUAGAAAUUGUGCAAAAUUGUGCAAGUUGGGUUCGGCAUUAAAUUGCUUGUGCCGCGUAUCGGAAUCGACGUUCGUUUUGUGUGGUUGUGCGCGCGCGUGUGUGUCUGUGUGUGUGGCGAGUUUGUUGAUUGUUUUGUUGACCAGGCUAUUGUUGCUGUGCUGUGUGAGUGUGUGUGUGUGUGUGUGUGUGUGUGUAGAAAUAUUCUUCCAUUUUGUUUGCCAGGCAGGCAGGCAGGUGAGUGAGCAGAGUAAGGGUUUUGCAACUAUGCUAGACGGGAAAACUUGAGCCCGACCCAGCGCUGCACAAGCGUUCGUUUCGUGAAGGCGUUUUGGGAGGAUAAGCUUGGAGCGGGGCGGGUGUGGAAUGCGGCACAUACAAUCGAUCUGGAAAAGAUUGAAUUGAGUGGCAUUGUUUCCUGCGGCAAGGAUAGACGCAAGAUAAAGGACAUUACCAUUUGAACAGACCUGAUGCAUGACGCCCUAUCAUACUGAUUUUCGCGCCCUCCACAACAUCGCACGCCGGGUGAAGAAAAUUCCUAUCCUUCCCGCCACCGGACGACCUCGACCAAGCAAUUCAUCAUACCAGAAGGCAGCGCACAUCCGCGGUCCGGAUCUGGAGACCAGAAGCCGAAAAAAAGUGAUUUAGAUAAAUGUGAUUUGCAAUUUGCUGCAGGGCGCACGUCUUAACUUAGCGAGCGGCGAUCAGUUUUCCUCGCACCGGAAGUGUGACGCACACGGGUCCACUCAAACCGCAACCGCAGCAAUUCCAAAUCGCCAAACUCGCCAAGCAAAGCGAUUUUUCUAUUAUUCUAGUGUUCUGGUGUGUGUGUACAAGAGCAGAGCGGAGCACAAACGAAAAACAAAAAGAAAACACACCCAUCACUUCCACUUCCGGCAGAACAAAUAAUCGUAACAAACGAUUUGGUGGGGGGGGGAGGGAAAACCUGACCGCGUGCGGCUGCUAUGGAAAAGCUUUCGUCAUGGGUUACUAGAUGUAGUCGUUUAAAACCCGAUUGCUUGCGAUAAAUGGGAAUGAUCUUGGUUUUUAUUUUUAACCCCCGCUAGCUUCACUGUUUGCUUCCUCUUUUCUCCCAGCGGUCCCAGUGGGAAAUCGGCGAAGAAAAACGACCGGCCCAGCUGACGAUGAAAAGUGGCAUUUUGAAAGUGGUGAAAUGAAUGCAGACGAAACCUCCAAAUGGAAAAAAGGUUCAAAAAGCAGGAAAAUAACAUAAAUUCAACUACCAGCCAAACCACCGCAGAUUGCGCACUUGCUUCCCAAUCCAUAUAAGGUGCAAAUGUAAGUCGGUGGGCUGUUUUUUUUAAAGCAAGAAAAUAGUGUAAAAGUGUUAGUGAGUGUGUGUGUGAUAGUUUGUUUGUUUCUAAAGAGCUGGCCAUAUUUGAAAGGGCGCCAGAAAAACGCCUUUUUUUGCACGGAAGACGAAAAGAAAAACGGACGAAUCUAGAAAUCUAGAAAAGUAGGAGGAAAAAGCAUCCCCGGAACUUAGCCAGAACGCGGUCGGGAUGAGAUUGAAAAAUGUGAGAAUUUUCUCCAGCUGUGCGACACUGCUGGAGCCAUCGUAGUUGGGAAAGCGGGCGGUAUACCAUCGCGGGUAUGCUCUCUUGCCCGUAUUGCCAAAGGGCAUUAACCUCAUCCGUAAGAAGGGUGGGAAGGAGCUGGCUCUGGUAGUUUUGGCCCCCGGAACGACCGAGUUCUAUUGUGGUCAGGGCCUAGUGGGCAGUUGGCGGUAUACGUAACGAUUCAUUCAAACACAUACACGGUUGCCGGCGAGAGAGCGAGUGUGUAGUGGUGAAUCAUCCACGGUUGCAUAAAACAAGUGAAAACUCUCCCUCGAGCGUGUGUGGAAAAUACAAGCUGCGUGUUUUGCUCAGCAGCUCAGAGCGACGGUUUUGCAUUGAAAAAUAUAAAUUGCAUCCCGCUGCACUCCGAGGUGUGGGUGCUGCACCCAGCUUUGUGCCGUACGGAAAUCGAAGUUGGCGAAGAGUAACGCAAGCCACAACAGCGACAAAAAAGGGGAAGAAAAAUCGCAACCGGAAGUUGGAGUAGAAAGUGGUCGCGACCGAGGGAAGAAAAUCGUUUUGUGAAGUGAUUUCUUACUACUGUGAGGCGAUCGCGAAUUCGCCGUGGUGGUGGUCGAAGAAAAAAGAGGGAGUGAAGUGAAAAUAGUACCAGGUCGUUGUUUGCGGCCACCAAAGCAUAACAACCCAAUCACCAUGAAGUGUCACAAGCGGCUUACGUUGGACAUCUGGAUACUGCUGGCGUACGUGCUAGAUAUCACCAGCGGUGGCAUCCAGCAUCAUCAGCCCUUCGAUGGAUAUAAAUCAUUCCUCGAUACCGGUACGGCCCAUCUGCGGGCGUACGUGGCGUCCGGUUCGGUUGCUGCUGCCGCUGCUGCCUCCAGCCAGUACGGAGGUGGUUCACAUCACGGUCAGCAAACGCCACAGUCGCUGCCGUCGGGUUCGGGCUCGGCCAGCAAAUGGGAGGAACCGUACUUCGAUGACACGACGCCGACCAACGUCACCGGACUGGUAGGAAAAUCCGCUUAUCUGAGCUGUCGGGUGAAGAACCUGGGCAACAAAACGGUCUCGUGGAUAAGGCACCGGGACAUUCAUAUACUCACCGUCGGCAGCUAUACGUACACCUCCGACCAGCGGUUCCAGGCCACGCAUCACAAAAACAUUGACGACUGGACGCUGCAGAUCAAGUGGGCCCAGAAGCGGGACGCUGGCAUCUACGAAUGUCAGAUAUCGACCCAGCCAGUGCGCAGCUUCUUCGUGACAUUGAGCGUCGUAGUGCCAACGGCAACAAUAAUUGGUGGACCGGAUCUGCACGUAGACAAGGGCAGCACUAUCAACCUUACCUGUGCGGUCAAGUACAGUCCCGAGCCGCCGGCGUACAUCUUCUGGUACCAUCACGACGAGGUGAUCAGCUACGACUCUAGCCGGGGCGGUGUUUCGGUCAUCACGGAGAAAGGUGACGUCACCACCUCACACCUGCUGAUACAGAACGCCGAUCUGGACGACUCGGGCAAGUACUCCUGCUCGCCGUCGAACGCCGACGUUGCCAGCGUACGGGUGCACGUCCUCAACGGUGAACAUCCGGAGGCGAUGCAGACCGGAGGCGCCUCGGUUGUCGUUUCGUCGGACGGUCGUUCGGUGCUGCCACUGAUACUGCUCGCACUGCUGCUGCUGCUUCACACGAUAUCACCAUCCGCAUCCGUGACCGUCGUCUCGGCGAUACCACCCCUCCAGCACGACCGGCGACCGACCUCAAGCCAACGAAAGCCCUCGGUGGCUCGGUUGGCUUCACCGUGCACCGGUUGCUGUAGCAGUCUGCGGGCCCGGCAUCAUCGUCAGGUGGCUUCGAAUGUUCACCACUACAUUACCGACACUGUCAGCCUCGACAAACGGUCGUCCGUGCGGUGUGAUUCUGUGAGAUGAUAAACCCCUAUCGAUUUGGUCUGAGUGCCGUAGUGUCGUACCGAACGAAAUCGGGUUCUUUGUGUCAUUCCUUCUUUCCCGUACAUUUGCAGUCUCGUUUGCGUUUAUUUUCGACUGUAUGAAGUAGUGCAGCAGUGUGAUUGUACCGUGAUGGUUCGGAGGAAACCGUUCAUAAAUCCGUUCCUUGUCCCGGGAGACAUCGGCAGCAGUGAGUGAGUUUGUGAGAAGAUGCGAUUUUGUGGCUGUCUGCACUAAGCGAGGUGCACUGAGCGAUAGAGAAAAUACGGUAGAGCACCGACGCAACGCCACCCAUCGGCAGGGACGUCGAAAACACAAAUGAAAUCAAUAGACAGGUGGUUUUAUUGCGGCUGUUGGAUAAGAUAAAUUUGAUUUGUUUCAUUGUUUUCUAAGUGCAAACUAUCUCUCUGCCUCUGGUUGAUUCCUGUGACAAGGAUUGAUUUCAGAUCUGGUGUGAUUUAUUUCAGUUAACUGAACUCACUCGUAAUGUGUUUUACUGUGGGAAGACGAAAAUGUUGCACAAAAUGUCUCUAAUUUAAAUUUAUAAUAUUUCUUUUAAUUAAAAAAAUAAUCAAUCAAAUAUAUUUACAAACUUUGCCGUAAACAUUUGAAUGAAAAACGAACGGUACAAAUAUAGCACGUGUGUGACUUGCAAACACCGAAAGCCGUUGAUCCGACGGGAAGCGUUAAGUUUUACUUUUGAAGUAGCAAAUCAUGUUUUGUUCGUUUUGCAAAGAGUUGUAAAAAAAAUCUCAAUCCUGUAAGACAACCAGACGAAUCGAUGGAAGGAAGGAAGAAAGUACAUUUGAGCCCGUGCAUAGCGAAAGAUACGAUUGCUUUACCGUAUCACCAAAAGGAACAAAUGUAUCAAAACGACUUUAUUUCCAAAAAUAUCUAGAUAAAUCAAUCAAAUUGAUAGUAGCAUAAGUAAAUUAAUGCAACUUUGGUAAUCAUAACCGGAACGGGGGGAAUCACAACUUUCUCUGACAGGACAUCUUGUACAUAGAUAAAAAAUAUAUAUAAAAAACUGAAACCUGUAAACACAUUCAAACCCACAUCCGUAAUACAAAAGUAUGACAACAAAAUUACAACAGAAUACUAGAAAUCCUAAAUUGAAACCUAGCUCCCGCAACACAAAACACCCAGACAACAGUACACUCAACCAGAAAACGAAACAAAAAGAGAACGUUCAAUGUUGUCAAGUGAGAUUUUAACCAUAAUGUAGUUUUUGAAGUAUAAAAAAACGGUAUAAAUUAAACGGGCAGGUUGGAAAAUCAUUGUAUGUAAAGUAAUCCGUAGACAAUGGAUUAUGGGAUGGGAUAAUUUUCAGUCGACAACAAGCAAAAAAAGAGCACAAAACAUAAAGAUGAUGAAAACACAUUUUACAUGUGAUUUUUUUUUGUGUUUCUUUCCCCAUUUUCUCUCUAUGGCUUUAGUUUUCCCAUGGUGUGGUGUACGUUUGUUAUAAAAAAAACUGCUGCUGUAUAUAAAAUAUGUAAGACUAGAGUCUAUAAUUUCACAACUAUACCAACCAACCAACCACACACUAAUACAAGCAACGAAACAUUGUUGAUGAAAAAAACAAAUGAGAGCAAAACUACCAGCAAAAGGUGGUAGAUUUACUUGAAAAGAAAAUGUUUUUAAUUAUUCUGCAGAGUGAUGUUGCGCCCCUUCAUGAUAACAUUAAACAUGGAUGCUUUGGCGAAUGACGAGGCAAAAGGAAAAUUUCUGAAAAAAAUCUGAUUUUUCUUCUCUGGUUAAUGGAAAAUAUUGACAAUUGUCUUAAAAAUUAAAUACAGACCAGCCAGUAUUUGUCUUGAUUUAUGUGUUCACCAUGUUUUUAUGGAACUCUAUUUGAGACUCGGAUUCUUCUAUUUCUUCCCUGGCACUACAACAUCUGAAGGUGUCGGCCUGCCAUGUUGGCAUUAUGUGACUUCAUUUUACCCAUUGUUGAAUAGCCAGUCCGGAGAAGCGGUUUCUGGAUGGGAUUUGAACCCCGGUCCUACUAUGUGAAGACCGGCACCGUUAUCGCCUCGGCCACCAGACCGCCCAUAUUUAAUUUCAGUAUAUGUUUAUUAUUUUGAAAUUCUGAACCGUUUAAUAAUGUUUGCGAUUAAUUGCAGGGUGUUCAGCGUAAAUUUGACAGUUUCCUACGGUUAAAGGAGCAAAAUAGGAAAAAUUAACCAUUUCGCACAAUUAUUUUUGAAGAAUGAGUAGCUUUUGAUGCCAUUAAUUGAAACUAUUCAAAAUAUCCGCUUUCGGCUUCGAUUACGGGCGCGAUCCAGAGCAAGCCCGAUCGAGCGUGUGCCUGGUAUGGGCCGCAAAAAAAAGGAAAUAAUUUUCUCCACUAGUUUCGUCUUGGCGUUGCUGGCCGAUCGAUUAAAGUCACGCGCCCUAGACAAAAUAACCCAGAGGAUUGGGAUCCUCUUUCUAGCCAUAUGGUAAGAUACGGAAUCAUAUACGGACUACCAUUGGUCACUUUAGUGAUCCAAGACGUCAUUAUUGUGUUCAGCAUCCCGACCCGAAUUUCGACCUCCGGUUCAUUCUGCAUUUACACCUGCAGAUCGAUCAAGAAGGCGUCAGUGCGAACGCAAUCUUAUCGUUGGCAAUGUUUGCCUCUUCUUGCUACUUCCUUAUAAUCACCAUUGCUUGCUUCCACCUUACUACAGCUGGUUUUAACAGUGUUUGGAGAACCCUGCACAAACUUCAUGAUGUCACGGUUCUGCUUUCCGACGUGGAUCAACGUUGUCGCUUAUGUUGAUUUGUCAAAGCAAUCACAAAUUAUAAACAUAACCGUAACUGUUAUAUCUUAAGUUCGUUAAAAUUAUUUUACUUUAUUAAUUAUAGAUUUUUGAUCGACAUUAUGGAAUUUUUAAAUCUCUUUGGAGAAUGUUUCAAAUCAAUAUUGGAAUGUUGCAGAACUUUACAAACAUAUAAUGGAAUAUUGCAAACAGUUAGGGGAGAUUUAAACUACGGCUUGGGAACAUUGCAAUCUGAAAGUAGAUUUUCUGCUGAACUUUAGAUCCAAUCCGGUUACCCUCUCAAAUUUUCAAGUGUCAAACAAUGGAUUGUUUGCAUCACUGAAUUGAUACGGCGUUCAUGCACAUUCAAACAAAUUUGAAACAAGAAUUAGAAGAAAAAAAUGUUAUUUGAAUUAAAAUACAACUUACAAUACAACUGAUUGCUUAAUUCCACAACUACGUUGUAAAUUUUCCCUCAAUGUAUGCAAAAUUCCAUUAUAUCCACUUGGGUAUGCAUUUUCCUGCCAAACAUCGCGUGACAGUGAUGACAAUUUUGGGCCCACUUACAACCACAAUCUUGGCUCGACUUCUUAAAAUAUCGAGAGAGGGAGAGAGAGAAAAAAAGGAUACGUACGAAAGCCAACCCACGUCGAAGUUUAUUACAUUUCAUUCAGUUAAUUAACUCAUCAUGAUCCAACCCAAAUCAAAGUUGAUGUUUAAUAGCCCUUACCACAGCAAACAAACAAAAAAAAAAACACAGCCAUCACAGCGAACGAAAUCAAUUGCAAAACAAUUUGUUCAUAAUCAGCUCAUUUAUGGAAACCCAUUAUAAUGCCAUUGGCAGAUCCUGGCACGGUUCCAAAACCACCCAUCUGCCCACGGUUUCAGUUAACUUUUGUUUCGGUUAUUUUGUGGUUUCUGUUGUUUCUCGGUAGCGAUAAUGGGUGUGUGGUUUUACUGUUUUGCCUUUCCGGUUUUUCUUUUUCUCACAGUUUUAUCAACACCGGCUUAUCCAGUAACUGUUUCUGCUUCAGCCGAACCCCAUCGGUGACCCCAAAAACCGGAGUGUGGUAAACGAAAUCGAGCCGAACUGGAAGCAGUGAAAUAAAAAUGAUCCCACCGUCUCUUAAGAAAAGGUUUUCCCAGUUUUUUUUUCACAUGGUGAACCGGAGUAGAUAAGCGCGGGGGGAAAACAAUUUCCGAAAAGCAGCACAACACACACGCGCUUCGUACACGCAAUCUCCGCGAGGCACGGCUGGGACGAUUCGCAAUAUCAUUAAAAAAAUAUUGAUGCAUAAAUAAUUGAUCAGGUUCCCUGCAUCACAAUUUCCUCCGCAUGAUCCUUUGACUAUCCUGUUUUUUUGUGAUUUCCAACCAAUAUUCGGGUUCGAACAGUGACCAUGGUUUUGAUGGGCUUUACUUCCGAAGGCAUCAUCAUCCUUUCCAUCACGUUUGGUACUAUGUUUGGGGGUGGAUUUUUUUUCCUCGACAGUGCUGAGGUUUCGUAUCGACCCGCAAAGCUUCUUCAAUAAGAACGCAAAUCAGGUCACACAUAGGUUUUGUGAAAAAGCCUACCAGACAUGUCAGAGGCAAAUCGGAACUUUUGAAUCAUUCAACAGUAACAGCCAACCUCAACCGACACACCUUUCCGAAAGGCAGAAAACCUCCAGAAAAACUCUCAAAAAUCAGGCACAAAGCCUGCACAUUUUUCACACAAUACGAUCAAUUUCCGCAAAGCGUGCGAACGUAGCACAAAUAAUUGCAUACCCUCGCCCGGUUCAUCUUCCAAUUCUAAUUCGAAAAAAGUACUGCUCACCCAGAACAGAAACACAGCACGGUGGAGAAUAAAUUGAGUGGCUUUCCAACUUUUGGCAGGUGGCGGCGAAUCGUGCGAAUAUCCGCCAAUCUGCCCAGACCAACCCAGAAGCAGUAGCUGUAGAAAAACCGGCAGUCUAGAGCUUCAUGGGAAAUUGAUAAGAUUGUUUUUAUUGCGUGAGCAGGAAGCAACGCAUCGGUAUCCAGCUGCCUCGCAAAAGUGAUGAAAAAGAACUUAAUUUGUGUGUGUGUUUGAAGUGGCGGGAAGUUGCGGAAGAAAUUGAGGUUUGAUAAUUGAAACCGCAGACCCACGCCUCGUUCUAAUCAAAUCCGUGGCUGAAGUCGGUUAGGUCGGGGAGAAAAGUUUAAUUUUCAUUCCGAUUUCCGGUAUAAAUAAUGAAGGGUUUGCUCAAAUCUGAGGGAAAGAAAAAUCAAAUCAAACAAAAAGUGUAAAAACUUGUUGUAACCCUCAAAAGAGGAAAAUUCGAAAAAAAAGUUUAAGAAAGAAAACAACAACGGCACGCACUCACAAUCAAUCAACUGAAAGUAAGUUUAAAAAAAAGCGGGAAGAAAAGCAUUAUUUUCUAUUUCAAAACAUCUUCAAAAACGGUUGGCAGUUGUUGAUGAUCCAAAUUGAAAAAUGAUAGCAAAAUGUGUAAAUAGCAGAAUACAAGCAAAAGGGGGGAAGUAAACCAACCCCGUGUAAGUGAGAAGAUAAUUGAACCACAAGAAAAUACGAGUGGGAGAAACAGCGGAAAGUCUAGCUAAUGCAUUGGUUUGUUGUAAUCAGAUUAAGUUAGAGUACGGAAGUAAAUAUAGUAAAAAAAAGAGAAGAAAACGCCCCCACUAAGCUAUACUCCGAGUCUCAUGAAGCAGUCGCGAGCUGCUAAUAACCCUGUUCCAAUAAUAAUGAUCCACAGUAUGGAGAAAGAAGCGAAAGCAAAAAAAAAAAAAUCCGAAACCAUUUUGUAAAUAUCACAGUUGUAAACUAAUGCCCAUGAUAAAAACAUUAAAAAGACAAACAAAACCUGAGUGACUCGCACCGCGCAACAACAAAAAAAAAAAAUCACUACAAAUAAGACAUAACAAAAUUGAACUCAAAACACUCAAUGUGACGGAUGGGUAGAUGGGCCGCUUGAGCAUAAAACCAUGGAUUAAAGAGUAAGUAAAGAGAGCAAAAUGUUCGCACACCCAUUCCUAAAAGGAUGUGGUUUGAUUGCUGUGAAAAAGAAAAGAAGAGUUUGAAAAAGAGCGAGAGAGAGAGAAGGAGAGAGCACAGAAAGUGACAGAAGUGGAUUGUGCAGUGAAGUGGUUUUGAAGCAAGAUUAAUAAAUAUAGCAUCUGAGUUGAUUAUAAAACUAUAAA